CCCCUCUACGCCACAGCAGUUACCACCAGGAAAAGGCAGCCCGGCUGGAGGCAGCGCGGCGACGAGCGCCGGCUCUCCUUGGAGAAUUUCUUCAAUUGAGGACCCAAGAGGGCUUCUCAUCGCCAGUUUUUCCCCGCAUUUUUCUGGCAACAGUAUCCUUAGGUCUUGGUCCUCCUGUUUCCCCAGCCCCCUUUCCCCUCUGACGUCCUUUCCUACUGGCCCCGGUCUCCCAAGCAAUAGCCUUCCACUCUGACGGGUGCUGCUACUCACUGUCCACCCGUCCUGCUUGGUGCUUGGGGUUUUUUUGCCCUUUUUUGCCCCGUCCCCUCCACUGAGGCCGCUCUGUUUCUAGCCUCUGCCCCCCUCUGGUGCUUGCAAAUCAGUCCCCAGUCUGUCUGCCAGACCCAAGUUGAUUCCGACGUGCAAGUCUCCUUUAACCACAUCUGUCAUCUUAAAGCCACCUCGUCUUCAGAGUUCUAUAUAUUAGCUCUCAGUGCUGAAUUACCUUCUCCCUUAAAUUAUUAUAAACUUUUGCUGCUGUCAAAUAAACGUGAAAAUGUCUCGCAGUCCUGAUGCAAAGGAAGACCCUGUGGAAUGCCCUCUUUGCAUGGAGCCCUUGGAAAUAGACGAUAUUAACUUUUUCCCUUGCACCUGUGGCUACCAGAUUUGCCGAUUUUGUUGGCAUCGAAUCCGCACUGAUGAGAAUGGGCUUUGUCCUGCAUGUAGAAAGCCAUAUCCAGAAGACCCAGCAGUUUAUAAACCACUUUCCCAGGAAGAAUUGCAAAGGAUAAAGAAUGAGAAAAAACAGAAACAAAAUGAGAGAAAACAGAAAAUCUCAGAAAAUCGAAAACAUUUGGCUAGUGUACGUGUUGUACAAAAAAACCUUGUAUUUGUCGUAGGUCUGUCACAGCGCCUAGCAGACCCAGAAGUUUUAAAACGACCAGAGUAUUUUGGGAAGUUUGGUAAAAUACAUAAAGUUGUCAUCAAUAAUAGCACAUCAUAUGCAGGCUCACAGGGUCCGAGUGCCAGUGCUUAUGUAACCUAUAUCCGGUCAGAAGAUGCUCUCAGAGCAAUACAGUGUGUCAACAAUGUGGUGGUAGAUGGCAGGACACUAAAGGCAUCCUUAGGCACAACAAAGUACUGCAGCUACUUCCUGAAGAACAUGCAGUGCCCGAAGCCCGACUGCAUGUAUCUGCACGAACUGGGGGAUGAGGCAGCCAGCUUCACCAAGGAGGAAAUGCAGGCGGGUAAGCACCAAGAGUAUGAACAGAAGCUCCUCCAAGAAUUAUAUAAAUUAAAUCCCAAUUUUCUUCAGUUAUCUACGGGUUCAGUUGAUAAGAAUAAGAACAAAGUGACACCAUUACAAAGGUAUGAUGUCCCCAUUGACAAACCUUCAGAUUCUCUCAGUAUAGGGAAUGGUGAUAAUUCCCAACAGAUAUCUAACAGUGAUACGCCUUCACCACCACCUGGUUUAUCAAAAUCCAAUCCUGUCAUCCCCAUCAGUUCAUCCAAUCACAGUGCAAGGUCUCCUUUUGAAGGGGCAGUAACAGAGUCACAGUCAUUAUUCUCAGACAAUUUCCGCCACCCCAACCCUAUACCAAGUGGGCUUCCUCCUUUUCCCAGCUCUCCACAGACACCCAGUGAUUGGCCUACCGCUCCAGAACCACAGAGCCUCUUCACAUCAGAAACAAUCCCAGUAUCAUCAUCUACAGACUGGCAAGCAGCAUUUGGCUUUGGUUCUUCUAAACAGCCAGAGGAUGACUUGGGGUUUGAUCCCUUCGAUGUUACUCGAAAAGCCUUAGCAGACCUGAUUGAGAAGGAACUAUCCGUCCAAGAUCAACCUUCCCUUUCUUCCACGUCUCUUCAGAACUCCUCCUCACACACUACAAGCGCCAAAGGUCCAGGCUCUGGAUUCCUGCACCCUGCUGCACCUGCCAAUGCCAACUCUCUUAAUAGUACCUUUUCAGUCUUGCCACAGAGGUUCCCUCAGUUUCAGCAGCACCGAGCAGUUUAUAAUUCGUUCGGUUUUCCAGGCCAGGCAGCCCGCUAUCCUUGGAUGGCCUUUCCACGCAAUAGCAUCAUGCACUUGAACCACACAGCAAACCCCACCUCAAAUAGUAAUUUCUUGGACUUGAAUCUCCCGCCACAGCACAACACAGGUCUGGGAGGGAUCCCCAUAGCAGGGGAAGAAGAGGUGAAGGUUUCGACCAUGCCACUGUCAGCCUCUUCCCAUUCAUUACAACAAGGACAGCAGCCUACAAGUCUCCACACUACUGUGGCCUGACACCAGAACUGAGAGGAAAGGAGAGGAUUAGACUCGGGGUGCUUGCAUGGGCAACUGGAUUUUUGCAUGGUUCCUUUCUGACUUUGCAUUUAAUGUAUACACCCAAAAGAGCCAAUAUAAACGUUCCUCAUGCCGACAACUAGCGUGGACCUCGUAGUUGCUAAAGUAUUUCUUCAUUAGGCCUUUAACAUAAUUUAUUAGCAAAAUAAUUUUGCCAUUGUUUCUCAUGAGUGAUACUAUUUCUAACUCUUACAAAUAAACUUAGAGUACUAAUUAAGAUCCCAGAGGAGAUUAGCUAGACCUGUUCUUAUUUUGACUAUUGGAAAUAUACAAAAGUAAUGGUAGUCCUUUGUUUUUUGGUUUGUGGAAAAAAAUGGUAAUAUUCUAAUCUACUCCUGAAAUUUUUGAAACAUUAAGAUAAUGUCUAUUGCAUUCGUUGAAUUCUUGAAAAGAAAGAAUACAUAUAAAACAAAACUGGUGGUGUCAUUUAAUGCUCAGAAAGAUGUUGUCAGCUGUUGUUUUUAGUUGCCUAGAUUUAUAUCCUAUAUUAUGCAUUACAUGUAUACAAACUGUUUUGUUCUUUCUCAUUGCACAUUUGCACUUUUCUUUUUGAAUGGUUGUUAAUUAUACAUAGAUGGUUAAAAGGUAAUAUUAUGGCCUAAAUGCAAUAUCAUCUGAUUUCUAAUGCACUGCCUAGUAUACCAGGAAAUGCCUCAAAAACAGAAUUUCAACUUGUAGUUGAGUUAUUAGAAACUUGAACAUGGGAUAACAUCAUAUGUAAGUAGUAGCCAUAGUAGUGUAACAUUUUUAUUGAGCAAGCAGUAGUUCAGUAAGAUCUGUUUGGAAAUUUCAUUGUUUAAUAAUUGACAUGUGAUAAAAGUAACUGGCCAGAAUAAGACUUACAAUAGAAGAAAGAAGCUGGGUGUUCUGUAAAGUGAGACCGUAUAAGUUGUAAUAGAUAACCUUAGAUGAUCAGAGGACAGGGGACAUAAGGCAUAAUGUAAAGUGAUGCUUUUGAUAAUGCAAAACUUCUUGGAAUAGUUUAAAAAAUGAUAAUAAAAAAUAAAUUGAACUUAGUUCUGAGCAGUGGACAAAAUCUGACUUUAAAAAAAAAACAUUACCAUAAUUUGCCCAAAAGCAUCUGAGGAGAAAGAGAAAGCCAGACUUGAGAUUUAAAAACAAAAAGUUUAAAAAGUAUGCCUUAAUUUGUUUAAAAAAAAAACAUGAAAAGCGUACUGUGAAUACCAAAAAGAAAUCUUAAUAAUACUACUAAUAAAGCAUCUUACUUGAAGAUGACGCUAAUGCUAUACAGCACUGGCAUUUUUGGGUUGUUUUUUAAUAUAAAAUGUGGGAACUUCCUGUUACAUAGAACAAAAUAAAUGCCUUCACUUGAGGUACAGUGGAGUAAAGUGGAAGUUUAUCCUUACACUUUUUAAAAUUUGGUUGACCACUUUUAAAACUGAUCAAUUCUCUACCCAUCUAAGUUAUAUAUUUAGAGUUCAACAUAAAUAUCAAUUUCUAGCCUGCAUUUGAAAGUGAGUUUACAGCAACAUUAUAAGAAAACCACUGUCUUAGAAAAUAUCAGAACAAUACUGUACACUUAUUAAACUUCAGCCCUUUAAUCAGACCUUAAUUCAAUUAUGGGUUUCAUUUGACCAUAACAGGUCAAGAUUUGUGUGUGUUGUGUGGCUAAGGCUUUUGGGCUUGUCACCGGAAAUGUGGCUUCUUGUAAUGAUGCUCAUUGGAGCUUAGCUUUCUCCAGCGUUCAUUGGCUCCCUCCUCUCACAAGCGCACAGAGGAUGAUUGGCUCCCAUUUAUCCUACACUGCUGCGUUGUGAGGGAUGCUGCUGAGCAAAGCUUCUUUCCUUGUCUUUCUCUGUUCUUUUUCAUUCAUGAUUUCUAUAGAAAAUUUGUCCCAAGUUUUCCUAGACUUGCUCAUAGUCCCCAGUAAGAAUCCCAAAGCUGUCUCCCUUCUGUCUGUCCUCCCUCUACUUCUGACGUACCAUGAAUUUGGGAAAUACUUUUUAGGCAAUUAGAACUUAGCAUUACAAUUUCUAUAAAGUGCUUAAAAACUUACUUUUAAGUCAUUUUUUGUUUUGUUUUUUUUGUUUGUUUUUAUUAUUUCUAGACCCCAUAAGGCCUUACCUUUUUAUUUAAUGCAGUCCUUUUAAUUAGAAGUCCUUAAAAGUCAGAAUUUAUGUUAAUGCAUGGAAGAAAUUAUAGAGUAUAUAAAAAUACUAUUUUAUGUGAUGGACAAAUUAAUUAAAAUGGUGAGAAAUUCUAAGAAA